UGAUGAAGAGAAAGUUGGAGAAAGGCAAAACUCAUCAGUUCAUCCUGCGUGGUCCAGACACAGAACUGGCAACUCUGAGGGAGCUUCCCCACACAGCCUUCCAACAAAGCAACACUCUGUAUGCCAUUAGCAUCCCAUGUACGGAUGAGGAAAUUGCCAAACUGCCUCACUUCAGCCGAAGCCAGCUGGUGCUGACAAUGUUCCUCGGGAGUGGAGCGUUCGGCGAGGUGUUUGAGGGGCUGGCCAAGAACAUCCUAGGAGACUCUACAGGAGAGACCAAGUGUGCUGUUAAG